AGGUGAUCGAAGGUCACAGAAAAGUGCUGUCACAUGCUUUUUUAUGUGAUUUUGAUGAAUGGAACUCAGUCUUUCCACAGUAACAUCUAGAUCCCAAUUAGUUUCUUUGCUUUCCUUCUCGCUUUGAAAGCCGAUGUGAAUGCGAGGUUUAGUGUUACAUUUUGAUGGCAGAAAACGAUAAACUUAAUGUCGACAGUGUUAUUAGUCGACUUCUCGAAGUUCGUGGCUCCCGACCAGGAAAGAAUGUGCAGUUGACUGAAGGAGAGAUCCGUGGUCUUUGCUUGAAAUCGAGAGAAAUCUUCCUCAGCCAACCGAUUUUAUUAGAACUAGAAGCACCUUUAAAAAUAUGCGGGGAUAUACAUGGUCAAUAUUACGAUCUUCUGCGCUUGUUUGAAUAUGGUGGUUUUGCUCCCGAAGCAAACUACCUAUUUCUUGGAGACUACGUCGACAGGGGGAAACAGUCACUAGAAACAAUAUGUUUACUGCUGGCGUACAAAAUUAAAUUUCCCGAGAAUUUUUUUCUUUUGAGAGGAAAUCACGAAUGUGCCAGCAUUAAUAGAAUUUAUGGAUUCUACGAUGAAUGCAAGAGACGUUAUAACAUAAAAUUGUGGAAAACAUUUACAGAUUGCUUUAAUUGUUUACCUAUUGCAGCAAUAAUAGAUGAAAAAAUUUUCUGUUGUCAUGGUGGACUGUCUCCAGACUUGCAGUCUAUGGAGCAAAUUCGACGGAUUAUGAGGCCAACGGAUGUUCCUGAUCAAGGUCUCCUUUGUGACUUACUUUGGUCAGAUCCUGACAAGGAGGUGUCAGGAUGGGGAGAAAAUGAUCGUGGAGUUUCAUUUACGUUUGGACCAGAUAUUGUGUCCAAGUUUUUACAGAAACAUGAUUUGGAUCUUAUCUGUCGUGCACACCAAGUUGUUGAAGAUGGUUAUGAAUUCUUUGCGAAACGACAACUUGUAACAUUGUUUUCAGCACCAAAUUAUUGUGGAGAGUUUGAUAAUGCUGGUGCUAUGAUGAGUGUUGAUGAAACAUUAAUGUGCUCAUUUCAGAUUUUAAAACCAGCAGACAAGCGAAAGUUUCCGUAUGGUGGUUUGAAUGCAGGGCGCCCUGUUACUCCACCUAGAGGUCAAAACAAACAAAAAUCUGGCAAGAAAUAAUGAAAAAUUGAAAACCUCGACAAUUUCAUGCUAGGGAAAGGAGAACUCUUCAGCUUGUUGCCCUAUGUAAUUAAUUGAUCCAUUGUAAAAUAUUAGCUAGUUAGAAUUUCAGCCAUAGUAAAAUGUUAAGAUUCAGAGAAUAGUCUCAACAUCAAAUACUUGUAGCUUAGUUUAUUGUUGUCGGAUAUUACAUAAAUGGAGAAAUAGCACCACACUGUGCUUAUUAGUUUUAAAUACAUCUACAUCACUGCA